GAACACAUUUGAAUUUUCAUCCGGGGGUAUCUAUUUUUUAGUUCGUCAAUUAAUUUUUAUUAAUUUGAUUUCUCGAGAAUGAUCGAUCGUUCGAGAUCGAUUAUUUUUUAGAUAUAAAAAGUAAUUACAAUAAAUAAAUCAGAUUGUGUUCGAUUAUUUAUUUAAAUAUAAUCCGAACUCUCUUAUAGCGUGCUUGUAACUGUUAUAUUUUUUCCUUUUUUUCUUUUUCCUUAUUGUUUGUUUGUUUCUUUUAUCAACGCAACAUCCAUGCGUCUCUCGUAGACUUUAUCGGAAUUUACGUCAAUCGAUUUUUCAUUACAAAUCGUUUCUCGACCUUUCACUAUACUCAACGUAAUAAAACUUAAUAUAUACUCUAUUAAGAAAGAAUUGUGAUUCUCAUAUUUGUUCCAAGUGAAACACGAGUGAUGUAAAGUGAACAAAUGUUUCGAAUAUGUUAAUGAAUUUAAUUGAUCAAUUUAUUAGUUAAUUUGGUGUUUGUUCAGUGUAUUACACAACUUGAAGAACGGUUUUAUAUUUAAUAUAAAAUAAAAAUGUUUCUAAACGAAACUUUGUUAGUAUUAACUUAUACGGCCAAUAUUAUGUCUAGAUUACCUCCGCAGAAUAAAUCAACUGCAAUUGUUGAUUCUAAUGAUUUUUCUAAUCAAUCUACCACGACGCUUUCUCCGGAAGAAGAAGAAAAUAAAUUUGAUUUUGAAGAUCAAUGGUAUAUGUGGAGGUGUUUCAAACCUUAUGGUUGUUUCUACAUCGGUGCACCAUGGUCAGGAGAAAAUCGUCCAGUUUCGAUGUUCCCAACACGACCAGACAGUAUCGAUCCACAUUAUUUACUAUACACACGUGAUACUAUACAUAUAGAUCAAUCUUACGAAUUGAAGAUCGAUAAUUUCGAAACAAUUGAGAAUGCACCCUUACGAAUUGACAACAAUUUUUAUUUUGUAAUUCAUGGGUUUUUAGACAGCGGUGAUAACACCUGGGUAAUGAGAACGGUGAAAGAAUUAUUAUUACGAGAAGAUUGCAAUGUUUUAAUAGUAAAUUGGAUUGGCGGAGCUGGUCCACCCUAUGCACAAGCAGUUGCUAAUACGAGAUUGGUUGGCGCCAUGUUAGCUCGAUUAGCAUCACAAUUAAUAAAUAUUGGUAAAAUUUUACCUGCGAAGAUGCACAUGAUUGGACACAGUCUUGGUGCUCAUACAGCUGGUUACGCUGGUUACACAUUAAGAUUACGUUAUCAUCAUACUUUGGGAAGGAUAACUGGCCUCGACCCAGCAGAACCACACUUUAGUAAUACCUCGCCUAUGGUAAGACUCGAUCCAACCGACGCAAUGUUCGUGACAGCAAUUCACACCGAUUGUAAUCCAUUUAUCAGUGGUGGCCUUGGUAUUACGCAACCAGUUGGCCAUAUUGACUUCUAUCCAAAUGGUGGUCGCAAUCAACCUGGUUGCAACGAGGGUGUACUCAAUUCUAUAACCUUGGAACGUGGUAGUUUCUUUCGUGGUAUCAAAAGGUUCCUAGGAUGCAAUCAUAUUCGUAGUUACGAGUACUUCGUCGAAAGCAUCAACACUCGUUGCCCUUUCAUAGCAUCACCCUGUUCGUCAUGGAAUAAAUUUCAAGAGGGUAAAUGUUUCGAUUGCAUCAAUCAAUAUUGUCCUAAAUUUGGUUUGGAUGCGCAACCAGGAAAUUAUCAUGCUUCUGUUUACUUUAUGACAGGCUCGGAUAAACCAUUUUGUAAGGCACAUUAUCGAAUAACAAUAAAUAUUUCGAAAACUAACGAAAGCAUAAGUUAUGGCGGAGAAGUAGGUACGUUUACCAUUAAAGUGAUAAGCACUAAUGGAAAACAAACAGAGAAGAUGAAACUCAAUCAAAAUUCGAAAUAUUACGAGCCUGGUAGCGUACACACGGUUGUUUUACCUGGCGAGGUUGUUGGCAAACCGGAUGCUGUUGAGAUUACGUGGGAAUAUCAAACUUCAAUGUUCAAUCCUUUAACUUGGAGAUUUCUACAUACACCUCGUGCUUAUAUCGAUUCAUUGACGAUCGAUAGUCUCGAAUUUAAUAACAGUAUCACAGUUUGUCCGGAUAAAACGAAAACGCUCUUAGCUAACGAAUCGAAGCUAUUAACGACCAAAAAUUGUGGCAACACCAACACCAAUACGGUUUCCACGUGAACAAUUUCUUCAAUAUUACAUAUGAAUUUAUAGGCAAAUAAAUAAACAAAUAAGAAAAUUA